AUGGCUGGGAAAAAAUACCGUCGUAACUACACAUCUAAGAAGCAGACCAUAUCCAGAUCCACAAGAGCAGAACUGCAGUUCCCUGUAGACCGCUUCCUGAGACAGGGUCCCUAUGCUGAGCGCCUGAACUCAUUUACACCUGUUUUCCUUGCUGGUGUUGUGGAGUACCUGACAACCCACAUCCUGGAUCUGGCAGGUCAGGAGGCUCACAGCAACUGCAGGAUGCGCAUCACCCCGGAACACGUGAAGAAGGUGCUGGAGAAGAACCAUCAGUUCCAUCGCCUCUUCCAGGAGAACUCCAAAUCUCCGGAUGCUGAGAAACCCAACAAGAAUGACAACAGGGAGACACAGAGGAAACAUGGGGACUGUGACCAGCAUGGCAUCAUCCUAAUCCAGCAGCCUGCCAAAUGCCCCUUCCAUAUGUGCAAGGAAACCUACACUCAGGAAGAAAAGGGGGUCCUGUGA